GACCCAGAGGCAAGCAUGGUUUAGAUGGCUGCAAUGGCUCAAGGGGAGAUCCAGGAUUUCCAGGCGAAAACGGUUACAUGGGACCAAGAGGUCCUUAUGGAAAUCCAGGGCAAAAAGGAGAAAAAGGAAAUUCAGUGUAUGUUGCACAUUUUGGAAAAGGACCUCCAGGAGAGAGAGGUGAUCCUGGCCCCCCUGGCAUGCCUGGACCUAGAGGGUCAAGAGGUACAACGGGCCCAGCUGGAUACCCAGGCCAUCCAGGCUUGCCUGGUAUUCCAGGUUACCCUGGUUUGCCAGGUCAACAGGGAAAUCCAGGUAUUGGAGUGGAUGGACAAAAGGGGGAGCCGGGCGACAUUGGACUUCCUGGGCCACCUGGGUUACCACUGUUAGUUGGACCUCCUGGAGCUCAGCUGUUCAAAGGAGAAAAGGGCCAAAAAGGAUUACCUGGGGUAACAGGAUACAGAGGGCCACGUGGACCCAAAGGUAUACUUGGGAGAGGAGAAAAGGGUGAAAAAGGCCUUCCUGGAUUCCCUGGAUUGCGGGGUCAUCCUGGUGCUUAUGGACCUGCAGGUUUUCCUGGAAUGAAGGGUGAAACAGGAUUUGCUGGUUUUCCUGGACAACCUGGCUAUCCAGGCAUACAGGGGGAUCCAGGAGAAAAAGGGCCCCCAGGUCCUCCUGGAGCUGUUGGAACUCCACCGCUUCCUAUAAAAGGCCCACGAGGAGAUCCCGGAUUUCCCGGUCCUGUUGGUGAUGUGGGGUCAGCUGGACCAAUGGGUCCUGCAGGCCUGCUAGGAAGACCAGGACUUGAUGGAACAAGUCUGCCUGGCCUGCCAGGAGUAAGUGGGGCACCAGGACCUCAAGGUUUUCAAGGUGACCCUGGUUUGCCUGGAACAGGUGAAUUAAUCCCAGGAAGACCUGGAUUUCCUGGACCACCAGGCCUACCAGGACAGCCAGGAAGACAAGGCUUACCUGGACUACCCAGUGUGAUCUGUACUGACAGAGGUAUCCCUGGAGAACCUGGAGCAAAAGGUCAGAUAGGCCUUCCAGGAAGAAAAGGUGCAAAAGGAGAAAAGGGAAGUCAAGGCCUCUGCUCGUGUCGUGCUGGUCCUCCUGGUCCCCGUGGUGUGCAAGGACCUCCAGGUGUUCAAGGAAAGAAAGGACAAAUGGGAUACCCUGGAAGAUACGGAGAAAAGGGUGACCCAGGCUUAUCUGGUGCAAUGGGGUCACCAGGGCUCCCUGGGACCCCUGGUUCUGCUGGACAGCACGGUGAAAAAGGAGAGAAGGGUGAUCCAGGAAGAGUUAGGAUAAAAGGAUUAAAAGGUGAAAGAGGACCUACUGGGGUUCCAGGAUUUCCAGGCCAGAGAGGUCUUGAUGGCAGAGACGGGGAACUAGGAUUGCCUGGGGAAAAAGGAGUUGAGGGCGAUGCUGGAGUAUCGCUUCCAGGUGAUAAAGGAUUCCCUGGGCUCCCAGGACCUCCUGGGGUAAAAGGACAGAUGGGAUUGCCUGGUUUGGGGUUUCCUGGCCCUCCAGGAGCCAGAGGUAGCCCUGGAGACUUUGGUGAUACUGGUAAUGUUGGGCCACCUGGUCCAAAAGGCCAGAAAGGUGAAACUGUCUGCAUCACAUCACGAUACCCUGGAAAUCCAGGUCCCCCAGGUUUUAAAGGUGUUCAAGGACCAAAGGGUUUAAAAGGACUCCCAGGGCAUCCUGGACCAAAUGGCUUUGAAGGGCAAAAAGGCCGUCGAGGCAGGCCAGGAGCAGGAAUCCCUGGGCCAGAAGGCUUUCGAGGCAUAGCUGGUGAUCCUGGUGAUCAAGGUGAAAGAGGAUCUACAGUUGAUGGUAAAAAUGGCCCUCCAGGUCCACCUGGCAUAGAUGGUCAGAAAGGUCUUCCAGGUGACACCACAUAUGGCCCUCCGGGAAUCCCAGGCAACAGGGGACUACCAGGGCCCCCUGGUGCACAAGGAGCAAGGGGUAAUCCAGGCAUUCCUGGGCUUCAAGGACAACCUGGCACCCCGGGAUUUCCAGGUGCCAAGGGUUUUAGAGGCCCAGAAGGUGAUAUAGGAGCACCAGGCUGUCCAGGCUUCCCUGGUCCACCAUGUGUUGCAGGCUUACCAGGGCCACCAGGACUCAGAGGUGCCAUGGGCCUACCAGGACCUCAAGGUUUACCAGGCUUUAAAGGUCAGAGGGGAGACAGGGGCCUAGCUGGGCCACCUGGAAUCAAAGGUCUGAAAGGUUCUCCAGGCUCACAAGGUCCCCCAGGUCCUCCAGGCUCACAAGGACUUCCAGGACUUCCAGGCAAUAGAGGACCUCCUGGUUUCCCAGGAGAAACAGGAAGCAAAGGGAUUCAGGGACCCCAAGGAUUCCCAGGACUCCCAGGAAUACAAGGCACAGUGGGAAUCUCCGGAGUAAAAGGCGAAGAAGGAGAAAUGGGUCUGCCUGGGCCUAGUGGAGAAUGUGGGGAUAUAGGAAUAAAAGGUGAAAGAGGGUCUCCAGGAGACAGUGGCUACAUUAACAUCCGUUUAGAGAAAGGACAAACGGGAGACCCAGGGUUUCCUGGUGAGAAUGGAUUUAGAGGUGAAAGAGGUGAAAAAGGCAAUACUGGUUUCAGAGGCACCCGAGGAUUUCCAGGGAAGAAUGGUGUUCCAGGACUGCCAGGUGACCAAGGUGACACUGGAGUGAUGGGGUUUCCAGGAUCAUUGGGUUUCCCAGGACCAAAAGGCUUUAAAGGAAUUACAGGUUUUCAAGGAGAACCAGGUGACCAGGGUGAUGUUGGCUUACCAGGAAUCCCUGGAAAUCCAGGACUGACUGGCCCAAAAGGAUGCAAAGGUGAGAGAGGUGACCCAAGUCCUCUGCUUGGUGCACGUGGUCGGAAAGGGGCUCCCGGAGAUCCAGGAUUUCCAGGACUCUGUGGAUUCCCAGGGGAGAAGGGUUCACCAGGAAUCCAAGGACAACCUGGAGGACCAGGAUCCAAGGGUGACCCUGGAUAUCCAGGAAUACCUGGAUUACCAGGAGCUACAGGUCCUCAGGGAUUACCAGGUGAACCUGGAGAAAGAGGGAAACAUGGAAUUUUGGGGCCUCCAGGAUUGCAAGGGUUACCUGGAUCCCAAGGUAGAAAAGGUCUUCCUGGACUUCCUGGACUGGAUGGCUUGGAUGGACUAAAAGGUCAAAAAGGUUCUGCAGGAGCUCCAGGUCAAAGUGAAACAGGGCCUCCAGGAUACUCAGGAGAAAUUGGACCAAAAGGAGACAGAGGUGAACCUGGAUGGCCUGGUAUUUCUAUUCCAGGCCCCCCUGGAGAAAGGGGAUUCCCAGGAUUCCCAGGUAGAAGAGGACCUGUUGGACCCACUGGACCUAUGGGAAGAUGUCCUGAUAGUGCUUCUCCUGGUCCUCCAGGUGAUCAAGGACCACCUGGCUUAGAUGGCAUCAGAGGUCAUCCUGGGAAUCCUGGUCCUCCUGGAGAGACCAUCUUUGUGCGAGGGGAUCCAGGCGAUAUCGGCGUUCGAGGGGCACCAGGUAAUCCUGGGCAGCGAGGACAACAAGGAGCCAGAGGUCUUCCAGGGAACCAAGGAAGAGAAGGCCCAAAGGGUCCUAUGGGGAUCCCUGGCCCACAGGGUCCACCUGGUGCUACAGGACAACCAGGAGACCAAGGUUUUCAAGGAAGACCUGGUCCCAGAGGUCCCACAGGUAGUUAUGAACCUGUCGUUCACUGUCACUCAACUGUAGCUGUGAUCCUUCUAUUCACAUAUAAUCAUACUAAUGUUUACCUGCAUACAGACAAUUUAAACAAGCUCAGAAAAAAACCCCACAACUGCCAACUUGAUUUCUCAUUUGAGUAGCGUAAAAAUUUCUGAACUAAGUAUUUGUUUCUAAUGUCACCUCAUGUAAGUGAUUUCACUUCUCAUUCCAUUCUUUACUCUAAUUUACAUGCCUGAAACUUGCUUCCACCUGCACCACAACGGCCA